AUUCUGCUGGCUCUCACUCCUGAACCAGUCACCUCUGAGUUUGUAAAGAUGCCUCGGCUCCUGAGAGCUGUCUUCUGUGUAAUCGAAGCAUUCCACAAGUAUGCCAAAGAAGAUGAGGACAAGGCAGUGCUGACCUGCAGAGAGUUAAAACAGCUCCUUCAGGGCGAGAUUGGGAACUUUCUUCAGCCACAUGUCAUUCAUGCUGUGGAAAGACAUCUGAAUCUUCUGGAUAUUAACAAUGAUGGCACUAUCAAUUUUGAUGAAUUUGUUCUUGCAAUCUUCAGUUUGUUGAACCUCUGUUAUCUUGACAUACAAUCAUUACUAAAUUCAGAAUCAAGAGAGGUAUAUAAAUCAGAAAAGGAGAAGCCAAAUGAUGUAGAUCUUCAGGGAAUCACAAGAACUGAUCAGCAAAUAGUGGGAACUCUGUCAACUCAAGAAAACAUGUUGCUUCCUUCAGAAGUAACAUCAUCAUUCCAGCUCAGCCAUGAAGAAAGUGAAGCAGUUACAAACAAUAAAGUGAAUCCACCGGAAGACAUCAAGACUCACAACUUGCUGAAAGAAGCAUCUGAGCCCAGGGACCUUAAGAAACAAUACUUAGAAGGAGAUGAACAGAGCCAAGAAGUGACCCAAGAUGGAGAAGAAACAGAAGACAAGAGAGCCCAAAUUAAGACAAAUAAAUCAUUAGCAAGAUCAGAACAGACUAACAACUCUAAAAAGUCAGUCCCCAGAGAGGGACCUAACCUAGUCAGGAGGCAAAGUGGUAAUAAGACAAGUGACAGAUUUAAAGAACAGGAAGAGAACUUGAAACUACAACAAGAAACACAGAUACCACCAGAUCAGGAAGCUGCACCAGAAAAAAAUAUUAAAACCCACUCUAAAACACAAGAACCACCCCUGGAAGGUGAAGAUGAACCCAGGUCAGAGCAUGCUGAUCUACUAGAACAAGCUGCUGCAAGAAAAGCAUCUCAGACACAGAAAUCAGCUAAUUCUGAGGAUGAUAGAAUAUUGGAGACUCCAGAACCAGGAAAGGAUGUUGACAGGACAUCAACUGAGAUUAAAGAUAGAGAUGAGCCUGAAGAUUGUAGUCAAACAUCUGAGACCCAACAAUCACCAGCACUGGAACAUAAAAUAAAGAACUUACCAGUUGAAGGUGGUAGCAAAGAUGUUUCAGAAACAUCUGAUAUUAGAGCUGAAAGGGAAGAAAGUAGAGGCCUUGAGGCACAUGGACUAUCACAGCAAAAAGAACAUGAGAAGAAAACUCAGCCUCCAGUUUUGGAUACCCAAACACAAGAUGGAAAGUAUCAUGAACUCCAAAGAUCAUCAAAAGAAAAAGAGGCAGAAAAAGAUUCUGAGACGCCAGAUCUAAGCACAGGAGAAAGAAAUCAGAAUUGCCCUGAAACUACAGGCACCUCAGCCGUAGGAGAAGAGGUGAGACACACUGAGGUGAGACACACAGCACCAGAACUUGUGAACAGCAAAAAUGCCCCUGCUGCCAAAAGGACACCAGUAGCAACAGAAAGAACCCAAGAGUCAGGUCCACUUGAGAGGCAGUCUGAAGGAGAAAAUAGCAGGACCAUGCAGCCCUGUGACAAGCCAGUUAGAGAGGCAGAUGGUUACCCAGGAGAGGACUCUGAGGUCCCCAUUGCACUGAAUAGCAAGGGGUCUUAUGCAACUCCCAAGAAUCUAAUUCUAAAGGAAGGUGACAGCAGCUCAGAGACAGGUGAACUACCUAUGCAAGGGGAUUUCAAGAGUCAGGCACACCCACACAAGGGGUCUUUGCAAAGAGGUUACCAUAGUAAUCCAGAUCUCCAGAAGCAUGGAGCACCAGGUGAGAGCAAUGAGGCUCAGGAAGCAAUGGUGGUAUUAGUCAGAGAAGAAAGUGUAAACCUCCCAGAGGAACAGGAAGAGCCCACCAGAGUGGGCAGAGGGACCAAAAGCCCAGAUGCAAUUGUGGAACCCAGUGGACCCCAAGAGUCACAGAAGCCCACAACAAAAGGCAAAAACAGAAAGUCCUGGGAGGCAGAGGUCCCAGGUGGCCUGGAUAACUUCUUCACGGCAACACAGCUCCCCAAAAAUGAAGUCAGCAAAGAAGAGCUAAAAACCCAGGGCCCAAGGACCAAAGAAGAUGAUGGAAUACCAGGGAUCCAGGAAAUUGUCUUUAAAAGUCUAUGUGAGAACAAUUCACCCUUCAGCAAGACACACCUUAAAGCAGAGGAACCAGCAACAAUGGAAGAAGAGAAUGAAAGUUCCUGCAAGCCAGCAGAAAAAAGUGAUGACCAACAAAAUCAGGACAAGAAACAGUAUGAUUCUUCAGUUCUCCUGUCAGGCCUUGAGGAAAGGAUGCAAAAAGACCAGAAGCCCUGUUCUGUGCAAAGGGAUGUAAUCCAAUCCAGUGCACUAUACCAGAGCCUGCAGGAGAAUUUACAGCAGGCCAGGUGUGGUAGCUUACACCCGUAACCCCAGCAACUCAGGAGGCUGAGGCAAAAGUGUGGCAAGUUCAGGUCCAGCCUGGGGAACUUAGCAAGCUCUUGCCUCAAAGCAAAAAAUUUAAAGGGGUGGAGGUAUAGCUCGGUAGUAAAAAUGUUUGCCUAGCUUGUGCAAAGCCUUAGUUUCAAUCCCUAGUACCACAAAAAAAAAAAAAAAAAAAAAAAGAAAAGGGGAGGAAGAGAGGAAGGAGGAGACAAUACAGUAGCAAACAAACAUAAACACAAACUCAGACUUUUCAGGCAACAUGCCCAGUCAAGGGCAUCUAUCCCCUGCAGGACAGGUAUCUAUUUCAACCAGAGCCACGCAGUAUACAAGGGACUUUCCACUUGAUGAAUAGGACCCUGCUAAUCCAUAACAAAUAUCAGCUCCCCAAGCUCUGUAAACAUUUAAGGUCGCUCUUAGAAAGAGAAACCAGCACCACAAAUAAAAGUGAGCCCUGCAAACCAAUGAGUUGUUUCUGUUAUCCCAGAAACAUAGUUCUCAAUUUGACCCAGACGUCUUCCCUCCAGUUACCUGCAAUAUUUAUAUGCAUGUAUUCAGAUGCAGAUUAAUAAUCCUUAAUUAAAAAUUAUAAAUUUCUACCAAAACAAAUAGCAACAUAUUCAGACGUAGGAUCUGUCACCAAUUUGACCAGGCAAAUACAAUCAGUAAGAAUCUUACAAUAUAGGGCCAGGGAUUUAGCUCAGCAGCAUAAGUGUCUGCCUGGCAAACACGAGGUUGUAAAUUCAAUGCCCAACACCAAGGGAAAAAAAAAAGAA